GUGGCCAGCACCAUGAGGAGAUGAUAUAGGCAAGAAGAUACUUUUUGUCAAAAAAUGACUUAGGCGAUUAUUUUAGGAAGGUGACGAUAAUAGCCUAUAUCCAUAAAGAGACAGUUAUUUGUUUAAUGUCCUUUCCCCCCCCCCUCUUCUUUUAGAAUGAAACGGCUUGUAUUUAGUCCUAUUGCUGGGUUUUCUGACAACAGUUAAAUGGAUAUCUACUAGCCUACUUGGUAAAAAGUGAUCAUUAGUUAACAACUGCGUAGGCCUACUCUCUCCGGUCUUCGAUGAAGCUGGUAGGAGGAGCUGACUACAAUGGGGAGGAGUGACUGAUGUUCUGGCAAAUCAGCCAGGCCGGCCUAUAGAGGAGAGGAGGAGGGCCAUAGAAGAGAGGACAAGAGUCAGAGUUUCCUUUUGAAACGACCGUGUGAUAUUCAGUCAACGUUAGCUACCUCUUUGUCUGAGUAAAUUGUUUAAAACAGGGAUAAAAAGAUGGGGAAUCGGGUCGCCCGUGAGGACUUCGACUGGGUAUAUACGGACCAGCCGCAUGCCGACAGGAGAAAAGAAAUACUGGCCAAAUACCCAGAAAUCAAGUCGUUGAUGGGUCCUGACCCAAGGCUGAAAUGGAUUGUGUGCAUGAUGGUGGCUGUACAGUUUUUAGCUUUCUACUUGAUUAAAGACUUGGACUGGAAAUGGGUUUUAUUUUGGACAUAUGCCUUUGGCAGCUGUAUCAACCACUCAAUGACCCUUGCUAUUCAUGAGAUUUCCCACAACACGGCCUUUGGAAACAACAAAGCCAUGUGGAACCGCUACUUUGCCAUGUUUGCCAACCUGCCCAUCGGCCUGCCCUACUCUGCCUCCUUCAAACGUUAUCACCUGGACCAUCACCGCUACCUGGGUGGAGACGGGAUAGAUGUAGACAUCCCUACUGAUUUUGAAGGCUGGUUCUUCUGCACGCGCUUCCGGAAAUUCAUCUGGAUUAUUUUGCAGCCCCUAUUCUAUGCCAUCCGGCCCCUCUGCAUCAACCCCAAACCCAUCACUCAGCUGGAGGUGACCAACCUGGCCAUCCAGCUCACCUUUAACAUUCUGCUCUAUUGGCUGUGGGGGGCCAAGCCUGUGGUCUACAUGCUGGCUGGCUCCUUGCUGGGAAUGGGCUUGCACCCCAUCUCUGGUCACUUCAUAGCUGAGCAUUACAUGUUCCUCAAGGGCCAUGAGACCUACUCCUACUAUGGCUCCCUGAAUCUGCUCACCUUCAACGUGGGCUACCACAAUGAGCACCAUGACUUCCCCAGCAUCCCAGGACGCAGGCUGCCCAUGGUGAAGAAGAUAGCGGCGGAGUAUUACGAUGACCUGCCUCAGUACACAUCGUGGCUGAAGGUCCUGUUCGACUUCAUCAUGGACGAGUCACUGAGCCCGUACUCUCGAGUCAAGAGGAAGCUGACAGGCGAUGUCAAGCAGGAGUAACCCAACUGAAAGUUUCUCUGGAACAAAGCUGCAGCGCCCACCACGACGGCACCCCCCCUCGCCCACUCUCCAGCCCAUAAACUAAACCGCUUCUGCAUAUUAAUACAAUCAACAUGGGAAAAAAGGGUGUACAUUGUGAAAAAGUGCUUUUCCUCCAAAAGAAGAAACAUCGUUUAUUGAAUGUAUUGAGGCAUUAGAUUAAAAAACUCAGUUUGUUAGUGUGUCAGUAGCUAGGGUUGGUUGCACAAAGCCUUUGGCUCUGAUCAAAGAAAAACUUCAGCUUAAGAUGUCUGUUAUAUGUAUUUUACUUUUGAGUAAAAAUAUAACUGGAUGGUUGGAUUGUUAUGAAAUUUGGUCGUAUCAUUGUUAUCCUGUGGAUAAAUCAAAAUUCCUCUUCAAUUUGUCAAAUACUUUAGUUUAAAACGACCCCCAAAUUCUAGCUGGUGUGCUAAUGUGCACUGCACAUGUGCAUGUUCUUUACACAUUGGGUCUAUUUUCCACAUCUCUGACCCCCAAUUUCCACCGGUUGCAGAACGGCUGUUGAUCGGCUCCGCUAUGACUGACAGCUGAAGACACAAGGACGCACAAGAUCUUGCGUAUUUACGUAGAAUAAUCCAUCCACAGGUGUAGAGGGGAAACAACUCUGUGCUUUGUUUUCAAGGUGUAGGGCAGGGAAAUAUGAUCCUCCGCGAGCACGCUCUAUUUUAUUUAGAAAAUGAACCAGAUGUUUAAUUUUGUUUCUGUCGUUCCGGAGCGGAUCCGCAGCCGUUCUGCAUCCGGUGGAAAUUGGGGGUGAGGACACAAAGUGUCUGUUACCACACUGAUCAGUAAAGAAUGAAAACGAGGAAGUAGUCAGUAAAACAACGCCAAGCAAUUAAAUAUGAACAGACUGCUGCUACAAGAGCAAAACCAGACCUGUCUACCUUAGGGGUGGGAAUCACCAGAGGCCUCACCAUACGCUAUUUUAAACACAUUGCAUAAUCAGGAUGCUAUGCUGUAUGGAUUUUUACCCCCCCACUCUUAGUCUACCUCUGAAUGCGGUCUCAGUGAUCAGCUCUCAAUGCAUCGUGGGUGCAUUGCCAACCUGUAGUUUACAGCUGUCCACUUAUCACUCAGAACGGAUUUAGAUGGGAAUGGGUUUUUUAGAUGGCUUUGUGCAACCAGCCCUAGAAACUAGCUCUCCAGAUAGCUUCACAGCCAACUUAACAUUAGCCCAAACAGGGUGUUGUACCAUGUGCUCCUGAGUUAGCCUAGAAAUCUAGAACUGACUACAAACCAUGUCAAAGGGGUUUGCUGUUUGUAUUCUGCCAGCAUAAUUCAUUUCACAAUGUAAUGUCUCCCGUACAUUUUGCAUUUUGGACUCUACAGUUAGGUCAACAACAUGAAAACAUCUUUGCUAUUGUUUGAUCAAAUCUGUGUGUGUGUGUGUAUAUAAGUGGACCAAAGUUGAAUCAAAAUCCCUCCAUAUGUGUUGAGUUUAUGGGGAGGCUUUCAUCGGUUGCUUUAUGUUAAAUGUAGUAGUUAACCUUUUUCAUCAACACUUUAAUCUAGCGUUAUACAACCUGUUGUCAUGCUUCCAUACAAACUGUUUAUAACAAGUUAGUUAAAGGCUGAAAGUGUAUUACUCAUCAGUGCCUCAGAGCUUUGUUUUCCUUUCUCUGCUCUGUUUGUGGUCUUUGGUUCAAUUUUAUGACCGCAUUUACUUUGAUGAAAAGCUGCCGAGAAUGUUUGAUAAAAAUCACGUAAUCACUUUGUUCUUUUUUGUUAUUGUAUCUAAGUUUAAGAAGCAGGGCUGCUGCAGCUGUCCGAGACAUUUGGAGACUUAGCAACCGUGAACAAAAUGACAUUAGGUUGCUAUUGAUUUGACUCUUUCUACGAUGUUUUUAAAUUUAAUAUAGUUAAUUUGGAAUACUU